AUGGCUCCGCGAGGCUUUACCAAUCCCGCUCCAAAGACCGAGUCGGCACGGUCUGCGCUGAGCGCCUUCACCUGUACUCUGUGCAACAAGUCUUACUCUCGACACCCAGAAUAUGAAGCUCAUAUCGGCUCAUAUGAUCACCAGCAUCGCAAGCGACUUCAAGAUCUGAAGCAGCUCUCGCGCGACCCAAAUGCCGCUGAGAAGGCCCGGCGGGCCGAGCGCAAGGCGGACGCUGAGGCUGGUCUAAAGGUUAUUGAGACUCCUGAGGGGGCUGCCCCAGCUCCUGCGGCCAAGAGUGGUGGUGGGUUUAAGAAGGGUGGUUUCAAGAGCUCUUUCGCUGCUGUCAAGGGCUCUGCGGCUCCUGCUGCUCCUGUGAAGAGGAAUGUUCUUGGGGACGAUGAUGAUGAUACUCCCAAGCCUGUGGACAGUGUCCCACUUGCUGCUGCUAAGGUUGUGGAGAAAGAGGAGCGCCGUGAUGAUGUUGAAAGUGAUUCUGAUGAGGGAUAUUCACAUGGAAGUGGUGCCUACUAUGACCCGCGUCGGCCUACGGAUUGUUUUGCUGGAUGUGCAACUCAGAAAAUGAAGAUUACUACGUGA